CGAUUAAAUACAAAUACUUGUAUUUUUCUGAUAAGUGGUAAGAAGCAAAAAGUGCAAUGGCUGACAGUAAUCUAUAUUUGUCGUCUCUCCUAGGUGGAGGUGUAGCAGGUUUCUUUGUAGAUAUGGUUUUAUUUCCUUUAGAUACGUUAAAAACUCGUUUACAAGCCGAACAGGGAUUUAAAAAAGCUGGUGGGUUACACGGAGUUUAUAAAGGGAUAGGACCACAAGCUAUAGGAAGCGCACCACAAGCUGCUUUCUUUUUUGUGACUUACGAAAGCUUUAAAGCUUUUACUACCCCAUUGUUACCGAGUCAUUAUCAUCCGCUCAUUCAUAUGACGGGAGCUGCAAUAUCUGAAAUUGUUGCGUGCCUUGUAAGAGUUCCUGUAGAAAUAGUUAAACAAAGGAGACAAACUAGCAUAGGUACUAACACUUCCUCAAUAAAAAUUUUCCUCAACGCUUAUAAAACUGAGGGCUUGCGCAAGGGACUGUAUAGGGGUUUUGGAUCGACUAUAGUUCGAGAAAUUCCCUUUUCGCUUAUUCAAUUUCCUAUUUUGGAACACCUGAAAAAAACCUAUAGGCUUAAAUUUAAAAAUAACAUUGAAUUGGAAUCGUGGGAAGUCGGCGUUUGCGGGGCUUUAGCAGGUGGAUUCGCAGCGGCUGUUACUACUCCUCUGGAUGUUGUAAAGACUAGGAUAAUGCUGGCAGAUAGGCGUACAGCAAUAACAGAAGAAAUAAAAGUGAGACAUAUGAUGCUUAAGGUGUAUAAAGAAAAAGGAAUAAGAGGGUUAUUUGCUGGUGUCGUGCCUAGAACAUUAUGGAUAUUUUUAGGAGGAUAUAUAUUUUUUGGUUCAUAUGAUUUUUCUAAAAACCUAUGCUAUGAUAGUUUGAAAGGUUUACAAGACAUUAAUUUAUAAGAAAAUUAUAUUUCCUACUGAAUAGACUUUAUACUGAAAAGUCUUAUGCUGGAAUUGCAAUUUAUGUGGAAAAUGUAAUUAUUGUUGAUUUAUUAGAUAAAAUAUUAAAGUAUA